GUGGGGACACUGUCAGGCACACACUACUUGCCAGAUGUCGAGUAUUCAUCUUUAUUGAAAUAGGACUGUGGUAACCCACUUUAUGGUUCUCGAUUUUGUAUGACAAAAUCAUGCUUAGUGCCUUGUUAGUAAAAGAAAGAAAAUCUGAAAGUCCCUGCCAUGGAAGGAAGAAAUAGCGGGGAGAAAAGGGAGUUGGUAAGUUUCAGCAUUUCAGAGCUUGGAGGGACAAGUUAGGUUUCUAUUUUAUGGAGAAGGAGGUGGAGGCAGGAUAGGUCAUUCAAGACACACAGCCAUAACUCUUUAUUGAGAGUAAGUUAGGGCCCCAGGGAUUGCUGUGGUUAAAUUGCAGACAAAAACAACCACUCAUUGGAAGACAGGAGAGGAGUGUUUACUAACAAAAGCCGUCAGCAAUUCAAGGUUAUUUAUAUUCAGUCAGCAAAUAAAAGUUGUUCAACUUGGUUGCUAAUGGGACCCACUCUACUGAGGCUUUGUAUAGAACUCAUAGAGGAAGAUGGCUUCAAGUAGUGAACUACCCUGUGCUUUUCUUAGAACUAAAAUCUCAGGAAGCUGGUGAUGAAUGAAAACCUUAGUCCCACUGGCACUGCACGAGGGGCCAGGAGAGCAGCAGCAUCAUAAGGCACAGGGUGGGGCAGCCCAGGCAGGGGCAUUCUGAGCUGUUGGGGGAGGGGUGGCAGUUAGGGUGGGGCAUCGUGAGCUGUCAGGGAGGGCAUUGUGAAGUGUGGGGUGGGGCAUUGUGUGCCACAUGCCUGGGCUCCCACCUGGGCCAGUGGGCUUCAGUCUGUAGGUGACUACAGAAGGAGGAGGAGCUCCGUCUGUUCUCUCUUCAGGCAGUUGUGUCUCUCAGCGCUUGUUAGGUUCACAACCUAUUAAAUAAGCCGGCUGGUCUUCACCCUCCCAGACAAGUCAACUCAGGGGAGGCGGCAGGGUGCGGGCCUUGGCCCGCAGCCCUAGCCAGGGCCAGGGCCAGGGCCGGUGCCCGGGGCCGGGCUGUGAGGUGGGCAGGCAACAGCGGGCAAGACCAUCUCUGCAAGUGCAGCAUAGCCUCGGCCUAGGACAGCCGGAGUGCGUGGCCAAACCUGUGAGCAGAGGCACAGGUGGUGGCAGACAGUAGAGGCACCCCAUGGGGAACAUACUGACCUAUUGUGUGCGCCCCAGGGUCGACCUCGAGUUUGACCAGCAACAGGGGUUGCUGUGUCCCUCUGAAUCUGAGAUCUAUGAGGCAGGAGUUGGGGACAGGUUGGCAGGAGCGCCCAUGGCUGCUGCUGUACAGCCUGCUGAGGUGACUGUUGAAGUUGGUGAGGACCUCCAUAUGCACCACAUCUAUGACCGGGAGAUGCCUGAAGCUUUGGAGUUUAACCCUUCUGCCAAUCCAGAGGCAAGCACAAUAUUCCAGAGGAACUCCCAAACAGAUGCUUUGGAGUUUAACCCUUCUGCCAAUCCAGAGGCAAGCAAAAUAUUCCAGAGGAACUCUCAAACAGAUGUUGUAGAAAUAAGAAGAAGCAACUAUACAAACCAUGUAUCUACUGAGCGUUUCAGUCAAAAAUGCAGCUUGUGUUUGACAAUAUUCCUUGAUGACAGCACAGCCAGCCAGCAUUAUCUUACAAUGACAAUAAUAUCUGUGACCUUGGAGAUACCUCAUCAUAUCAUGCAAAGAGAUGCAGAUAGAUCUUUGAGCAUAUCUGAUGAGCGGUUAUGCUCAUUUACGGUUUCCACCGUGCCCAUUACCCAGACAAGAAAUGGAGGUGGGAGUUUAAAUAACUAUUCCUCCUCCAUUCCAUCGACUCCCAGCACCAGCCAGGAGGACCUUCAGAUCAGUGUUCCUCCCACUGCCAACACACCCACGUCCGUUUGCAAGCAGUCCGUGCGCUGGUCCAACCUGUUUACAUCUGAGAAAGGGAGUGACCCAGACAAAGAGAAGAAAGCCCCGGAGAGUCAUGCUCACACCGUCGGGAGCGGCAGAGCCAUCCCCAUUAAACAGGGCGUGCUCUUAAAGCGAAGUGGGAAAUGGCUGAAGACAUGGAAAAAGAAACAUGUCACCCUGUGUUCCAAUGGCAUGCUCACCUAUUAUUCAAGCUUAGGUGAUUAUAUGAAGAAUAUUCAUAAAAAAGAGAUUGACCUUCGGACAUCUACCAUCAAAGUCCCAGGAAAGUGGCCACUCCUAGCCACAUCGGCCUGCGUACCCAUCUCCAGCUCUAAAAGCAGUGGCCUAUCCAAGAACAUGAACGGUCUACGUAUCUCAGCCAAUUCAGACACUGGGCUGGGUGACUCCAUAUGCAUCAGCCCCAGUAUCUCCAGCACCACCAGCCCCAAGCUCAGCCCGCCCCCGCCUCCUCAUGCCAAUAAAAAGAAACACCUAAAGAAGAAAAGCACCAACAACUUAAAAGAUGAUGGCCUGUCCAGCACUGCUGAGGAACAAGAAGAAAAGUUUAUCAUUGUGUCCGUCACUGGCCAAACGUGGCACUUUAAAGCCACGACGUAUGAGGAGCGGGACGCCUGGGUCCAAGUCAUCCAGAGCCAGAUCCUGGCCAGCCUGCAGUCAUGUGAGAGCAGUAAAAGCAAGUUCCGGCUGACCAGCCAGAGCGAGGCCAUGGCCCUGCAGUCGAUCCAAAACAUGCGUGGGAACUCCCACUGUGUGGACUGUGAGACCCCGAACCCUAAGUGGGCCAGUUUGAACUUGGGAGUCCUCAUGUGUAUUGAAUGCUCAGGAAUCCACCGCAGUCUUGGCACCCGCCUUUCCCGUGUGCGAUCUCUGGACCUGGAUGACUGGCCAGUUGAGCUCAUGAAGGUUAUGUCGUCUAUUGGCAAUGACCUAGCCAACAGCAUCUGGGAAGGGAGCAGCCAGGGGCAGACAAAACCUUCAGUAGAGUCAUCAAGGGAAGAAAAGGAGCGGUGGAUCCAUUCCAAAUAUGAGAAGAAGCUCUUUCUGGCCCCAGUGCCCUGCACUGAGCUGUCCCUGGGCCAGCACCUGCUGCGGGCCACUGCUGAUGAGGACCUGCGGACAGUCAUCCUGCUGCUGGCACAUGGCUCCCGUGAGGAGGUGAACGAGACCUGUGGGGAGGGAGACGGCUGCACGGCGCUCCAUCUGGCCUGCCACAAGGGGAAUGUGGUCCUGGCACAGCUCCUGAUCUGGUACGGGGUGGACGUCAUGGCCCGAGAUGCCCACGGGAACACAGCGCUGACCUAUGCCCGGCAGGCCUCCAGCCAGGAGUGCAUCAACGUGCUUCUGCAGUACGGCUGCCCCGACGAGUGCGUGUAGUAUCUGUUUUAUUUGACUGCAGUCUCCUUGGUGCAAAAAUAAAAUGGGAAAAAUAAGGAUAACUCACAAUUUCAAAAGGAAAUCACAAAUUCAGCUGAUAAUAGCAUUUUCAGUACUUUUCAUAAACUAAGUAAAUACACAAAAUGUUGAUUUUUCUGACCAUAAGACAUAUUUUAUGUCCUUUUGCCAAGGUGGAUGUGUUAGUCUUAGGCCCUCCUGGGCCACAUUGCCCAAGUCACACAGGCUUCUGUAUUAUGUAUUUAGAUAAGAUGUGUGAAAAUAGAUUUGAAAAAACGUUCAUAAAUAUGCAUUGAUUUUUGUA